GAGUCCGGAACACAAGGGGUUAAACUGUAGGAGGCACUAUGUCCGGUUUUGGGAGGAGUGAACUUGUAUAGUGUACACUUUUUUUCUUCAGCACAAGCCAUGCUUCAGCAUCUUGGAGGAGCCUUCUUGAACCCGCUGUAAUACACUCAAAAAUGAUGGAGAUCUGUGAGGCGUCUUUACUGGAUUACAUCUACUCCUCAGGAGGAAAAGUCAAAAACUCAGAUUUGUCCAAAACAUAUAAGCCUUUUAUAAACCAUAGCGAUUUACAACUACGUGCCAAAUACAGAGAAGAGUUCAAAGUCAUUAUUGAUAGAAUCGCUGUGGUGAAAUCAGACAAUGGAGAGAAAUAUCUCGUCCUCAAGAAGAAGUAUAGACAACAAAUGCAAGAACAAGAGUGUGGUGCUGGAAAGGAAGCGCCAAGAAAAGAUGAAGAAAAGAAAGUGUUUCGGAUUUCAAACCCAGUGCAGAACUCUGUUCCCACACAGAAUCCAGCGGCGGCACUGGUGUCCUGGUGCACGGGACCCGUAAUAACAGUCACAGAACCUACAGAACACAUCCAUACAGAAGAUACGGACAGCUCUCCCUCACUGCCAGCAGCGCUGGAGAAACCAGAGACUCUGGCGGAGGAACUCUCAGCGUCAGAUAGAGAUGAUGACCUAGACAGGGACUCGGGGUCAAAGAGUGAAUCCGAGCAGGAUGAGGAAUGUGGAGGCAGUUUGGGACCCACCGCCGUGGCUCUGGAUCCCAUCGAAAAGGAAUGGAUUUUCUCAGCAGCGAGUGGCAGACUAUCUCACCUCACACAACUCCUGAAACAAGAUUCUUCUCUCGCCAAUAAAAAAGAUUUUACCUCAGUAAGUAUCUUACACUUCUGGAGACUUUUGAGCUUUGAGCUGGUGUUUGUGGUCCCUGCCUUGGCCGGAGUUCUCACACUGUCCCGUGUUGGACCACCUUCUAAGAAGCUCUUAAGCCCUUCGCCUUCCAUGCACAGACAAGAUACAACAGCGGCCAUUGAAUAUCCCUUACAGACUGCUCUGCACUGGGCUGCAAAGCACGGUAAAGCAGACAUGACCACGGUACUGGUGGAAUCAGGGGCCGUCAUAAAUACAAAAUCGCAUUGUUGUUUGUUAUUCAUACAGGGUUAUACACCUUUACAUAUAGCUUCUCUACAUGGCCAUCGACAUAUAGUUGACCUUCUUGUCAGGACGUAUGGAGCAAAGGAGAACCUGCGGGACUACAGCGGUCACUUUCCAAAUCAUUACCUCAAAUUACAGCAGACACAAGCAAAAGACAAUGAACUAUCCGAGGUCAGCGAGUACCACAGUCCAGCUCAGGCCUCCGAGCGCAGGAACAGGAAGAUCACGUCCUUAUUUCAGUCCAUGAAGAGGUGGGGUUCUGCGGAAGAGCUCGCUGCCAUACCAGAGGAGAGGACUGUCGCUCAUCAGCUCAUGCUCCCGGCGUUUAGGCCGAGGAAGUUCUCGCGGUAGAAACAUCUGCAGAUCUGACACAUUGUUCAUUUCUAGAAUCACUUCAGUCUGUGUAUUUUCUCUGGGUGUAAAUAUUGUGAUGAAACUGCAUUCCAUGUAACAUUUCAUUCACUUAUGAUGUUUUAAUAUACGAUUAGUUUUUGGUAUUUUAUUCAAUAACGUACAGUAGCAUGUCAUAAGUGUAACAGCUUUAUAUUUAUCUCUUAUAUUUUAUCCUAAAGAUGGCAAAUGUUUACAGUUUUCAAUAAAUGAUUAAGUGUAAAAACAGUGUAUUUUAAACCAACGCACGUUCAGUUUUCCAUCAGCUUUUUUUUCUCAUCUUAAUCUUUCAAAACAGCAACUAACGAAGUAAAUCCAAAUUUAGUCUAAAGGGUAUUAGAAAAAAUGUCUUAUAUAGUUAAGUUUUUUAAACCUUCCAAAGAAGCUGACAUGGCCUUCAGAAAGGAAAAAUAAAAUGUGAAAACAAUUUAAACCAAAUACACCUUAUUUGUUUUUAAAAUAUGGAAAUUUUGGAAGUUAAAUAAAUGAAUGUAUUACAUGCUUUAAAUGCAUUUUAGCCUUUUACAGACACGUCUUGAAUUUUAAAGGAUGAUAAACGGAAGUAAAUCUGCUCAUUGCCUUAUGAAGAAGUAUCAUCUUCUGUUAAGUGUCUUAACCUAAUGUUUAUUUUCGCAAUGUAAUUUAUGUUUCCCGAUGUGAAAAUUAAAAUAAAUUGUAUUGGAGAUAA